AGCCGUGUUUAUGCCUUGCACCAAAUAGAAAAAUGGAAUCAAAGUAGAAAAAAUUAAAUUAAAAAAAAAAAAGAGAAAGAACCGUAGCCAAAUUAGCCAUAGCAAAUUCUCUCCAAGCAAACAGAGAAGAAUUUUCAUCGAUCAGCGAUGCAACAAGGAGAUUUCAGCUCCUAUUAUCAAUUCCCUCACCUUUCAAACCCUAACCCUAACCCUCACCCUAUCCCGAAUCCAACACCUACCGAGUUUCACCAACCGCCUUACGCAUCGGCACCACCGGACACCUCCGGUUACACCUCUACUGAUUACUCCGUCUAUCCCCCAAACUACCCACCCUAUUCCCAAAAUCCUGAUCCUGUCCCUCCCACUGCUCCUUCUUACGCUCCGCCACCGUCAGCCGCAACUACUCCACCGGCUUCGACACUAACAUCACAAUCCUCUUUCAAUCAACAACCCAUAACGGCUCCGCCAGUCGCGGCUGCUCCUUCUUUCCCGCCUUAUGAUUCACAUGUUCCCUAUCAGCCACCGACUUCCCAGUCACCUUAUUACCAGUCGUAUGAUCCGCAUCAGACGGCUCCUAGCUAUGGUACUCCUCCGCCAAACCCUGACCCUACCCCAAAUCCGCCUUACUAUUCAGCCCCAUAUAGCCAAGUAGGAUCAUCAGUAUCCUCUGUACCUCCUGCAUAUGACAACCCCUACGAUAAUUCGAUGAAAUUCGAUCACAGCGGUGGUAAUUAUUUCGACGAGAAAUUCGGAGGAGGCUAUAACCGUAGCCGAUACGAUUUAGGAUCCGAUCUCUAUGGUAAGCGAUCGGAUAGCUAUUCACUAUACGGUGAUGAUGGUGGAUACGGUGAUGGAGUCUAUGCUUAUGAAGGAGGAAAGGUAGAGCCUUAUGGGGCACGUGGCACAGCUCCAAAAUCAUCGACUUGGGUUCAAUUCGAUGAUUAUGGGCGGUCUAUUAAUUUCCCUUCUGGGAAGGACUUGUCGGGUGGAUCAGGUUCAACUUCUGGUAAGAUUGUGAGGGCGGUGCCAAAGGCAGAGACCCAGCAAGAUGUAAAGAGUGGUGUCCAGAAGUUUCGGGUUAAGUUGUUGGGUGAAGGUGGAGGACAUGGCCCCAUGGAUAUUCUUUGCCAGAUUGGUUUAGAUGGUAUUCGGAUGCUUGACCCUAGUACCAGUCGAACGUUGAGAAUAUAUCCUCUUGAGAACAUCACAAGAUGUGAAGUGAUCGACUCAUCUACCUUUGCAUUCUGGUCCAAGAGCUCUGUUGACAUUGACCCAAGACGGAUCAGGCUGCAAUCAAACAAUUACACUACAAACACCCUUUUGGAUAUUGUAACAGCUGCAACCGUACAGAUCAAGGAGAUGGGUGGGAGAAGUCGAACACCUGAAUCUCUAAAGACUACUGAACAACCUGCUGAAAAGAAGAGAGGAUUUGCUGAUUGGAUGAACUUGAUAAAGCCUGGCAUUGAGGAGAAGGAUCAUUGGGUCCCUGAUGAAGCUGUUUCGAAGUGCACUGCAUGUGCAACUGAUUUUGGGGCUUUUGUGCGAAGACACCACUGCAGGAACUGUGGGGAUAUUUUCUGUGACAAGUGUACCCAUUGUAGAAUCGCUCUAACUGCUGAUGAGAAUGCUCAACCAGUUAGGGUUUGUGACCGAUGCAUGGCUGAAGUGACUCAGAGGCUGAGUAAUGCCAAGGAAGCAGCAAGUAAACCUGCUGCAUUACAGAGUCACGAGGAUCUUGCUAGGAAGCUUCAGGAGGAGAUGGAAAAAAAUCGCAGAGCAUCAUCAGGCUCCAAGUCCGAUGGAUCUGGUAGGCGGAUGAAGGAAGUUGCUUGUCCUACCUGCACCGUUCAUUUGCAGGUCCAAGUUCCCAUCUCAGGUUCUGAGACCAUUGAAUGUGGGGUUUGCCAGCAUCCUUUCCUUGUUAGUGCCCAUUGAUGUCGGGCAUUUAUCACCAGCAAAGGCUUAAUUUUCUCAAUUAAUUUCUUGUUGAUUUCAUUGUACUUGUUGAGGUUUUGGAUAUUAUUAAUAAUAAAAUAGUAUGGAUUAGUUUUGUUGUGUAUUAGCAUUUCUCUUUUCUAAGCCUGGUUCACCCGUUGUCAUCUCUUCAAGUUAGUGUAUAUGAAGCUGUCUGCGAAUCUCGAGUUAUGAUUGUGUAUAAAAUUGACGGAUACAAUUA